CAGUGAUCUUCAUGUUAUUUGUUAAGGUGUAACAGUCGCAAGGAGUGCAGCCACCUGUGCCCUACAUCCACUACCCCUAGAGAACCCAUGAAGGUUGCACCUCCACCAGAGAUCCCUAACAACUGGUGGCAAACCAUUGCAAUCAGUCUGGCGGUCGCUAUGGCUUGUGCUGUAGUUGUAGUUGGUGGUAGAAGAAUCCAUAAAAGGAUCAGGAGGAGCAGAGCGAGUUCAUACUACACAGGAAAUACAUGCAUUCAGAGCACUACAUCUCAGAACUCAGAGCUUCUCCCUUCACCAACCGCCUCCCUGAGAAAUUGUGAUCCUGUGUUCGGUCCAUUCCCACCGCAGCACAAACAGCCUGAGCUGCCAGAUUGUGUUCCACGUACAAUUAACAUCUCUCAGUUCCUGUACUCUGUGAUGGAAGUGGUGCCCGUCUCCCGAUGGAAGGAGCUCAUUCGCCGGCUGGGCGUCUCGGAGCGGGAGAUCGAGAGGGCGGAGCGGGACAACCGCGUGUACAGCGAGGCCCAGUACUACAUGAUCCAGCUGUGGAGCAGGGCAGGGGGAGGGGGGGGCGGCCUGUCCCCCUCCCUCCCGCUGCCACGCCCCCUCGCGCUCUCCCUCUUGCAGACCCUGCGCGAGAUGGGCCUGGGGGGCUGUGCUGAGCAGCUGGACCAGCGGUAUAACAUCAGCCUGGAGUAGACAGGGCCAACAGGUUUAGAGCAUGGAGGAGCAGGGGGCAGGAGAGCUCAGCUAGGGAGAAACAGAGGAAGAGAGGGAAGCAAAUUAAACGUCAUGAGCAUAAGCACAUCUUCAGUUUAUAUUGCAAGUCAUGCCUAAUUUACAACAUGCAGACUAUUCUUCUACUACAGGUAUAUGUAAUGUGUAGAUAGAACCUAUAUAUAUCAAUAUAUGACCUGUCCAGAGCACUGAACAGAGAAACUGUUUGAAAGUCCCAGGGAUUAUUUUUUUAUCUUUAUUGCUUUCUCACACAUGGACUUACUUCAUGUCAGGACAUGCGGUCGGAUUGCUUGAUGUCAUUCGUCGGAAUCGGGAGAGGGUGGUGAUCCUGUUGGGGCAGGGCACGCGUUGCCAGCCGCACGUUGGAACCAGCCGAGGCUGCGGACGUCUCUCGUGCAGGCGGGUCCUUUGGAACAAUGGAGAGUCCCCCUCACCCCGCCCCGUUUCGAGCGGCUGUCUGUCUCUGGCAUGGCGAGAGGAGGGCAGCGGCACAUCACCAGGCACGAAACGGACCAGGCUUAAACAUCACGGCAUGGCCGUGGCCACAGCUCGGACGUUCUGUGCACCCACACGGCAUGCCUAAUGGAGGAAGAAGAAGGUUGAUCUGGGCGGGGUGGGGUGGGGGGGAGCACUGGGAAAAUGGGGUGAAGGGGUGAGGUGUUGGUGGUGCUUUUGGUGGGGGGUGGGGUGGGGGGUUGAGACUUUGAGCCUGUAAAAUUUACAACCUGCUUUCCUCCCCCCCCUAAAAAAUAUGGCUAUUCCAGUAUUAUUUAGUGGACCUUCUUCAAGCACUUAUCCGCGUAUUAGAGAUCCACGUCUUCCACUGCAAUUGGUUCUCCUUAAACACUCUCUUUCAGAGCUGGCCAGUGAGAUUAAAGACCUCAAACAGUGUUUCUCAACCAAUCCGCCUCCAGACACGAAUGGAUGCAGUCACAUAGGAACAAAGGAGGGUUACCAAUGGAUAUUUGGCCCAUCUUGGUAGAUGGUAGUUAAUCGAGCUGGGGAACUCAUUAAGUUGUGUCAAGGCAGUGGUUUCAACACAGGACUGGGCAGCCUGUCCCAGACUCCCACCACCCUUUGUGCAAAGUCGUGCUGGCUGCCCUUCCGUUUUAAA